ACAUUUUUUUUCUUAAUUUUGUUGAAACAAUUUUUUAAUCAAUUUCAGAAUCCAUAAAUUGAAUCUAAUUUCUGUAUAAAUUUAAUAUCUUCUUUAAUUGUAUUCCUUUAAAAGCUUUUGUGUCAAAUGAUUUGUUUCUCAGUUUCUCUUGAUUGUUUGUAACAUUUAUUUUGGUGUUUUUCUUGUUCAUUUAAUUGAUGUAACCAUUUCUUGUGUUGUGUCACCAUUGAGCCUUGUUUUCUUACCUCUGUAUUGUUACCUCAUGGAUCUGGUAUGUUAACAUGAAGUGUUUAAUUGUUUGAUUUAAUAUGUUACGAGUUGAAGUUAAACAAGAACCAGAUGAAGUGAUCAGACAGAGAGAAUCAGCUGAGGCUGAAGCUGCUUGUAGUCAAAUCUCCCAGUUGAAUGAACAACAAAUUGAUGUGAAACCAUUUCAACAACAACAUGAAUCUGGUAACAUUAACCCAAUGGUCUUUACCAAUGGUCAUUCAUCAACAAAUCAAAGUCAAAAUGGUUCUGAUGCAAUAAACACUGACCCUUUACCUGAGAGAAAUGGUCUCACUCAUGGUGAAGAUAAUGGUAACAAUUACGAUGGGAUUGGUGAAGAAAAUUUAACUGAUGAAAGAGAUAUUCAAGUUUACGAGGAGCUGAUGACCCGAAUCACCGCUGAGGUUGUCCUAAGAGAGCCGAUAGCAAGUCGUGUUACCGUUGAUGAGAGGAUCAAGAAGAUCAAUUGUUAUCUAGAAGAUGAAACUAAUUGUCAGAUGAUUAUUCUCAAUGAUGAACCAAUUAACAAUGCUUGGUCCUCUUUUAGAUAUCCUAGAAAUUUUGAUGAUUUUCUUGAGACUGUGUUCACUUGGGCUGAUAAUUAUCUCAACGACCAAGAUUGGCCUCAAGAUGAGAUUCUGGUUCGCCUUAAGGCUUUUCCAUAUUCACUAAGAUACAAUUCAUUCAAAACUUAUUCAAAUGCUACAAUUUCAUACCUUUUGGUGCUUUAUUAUGAUCGACUUAAGAAGGACGCUGACAAUUUACUUAAAUCCCCCAAUAAACAAGCGGCAAGGGACAAAGGUGUUUCCGCCAAAGUUGAUAAGAUCACCACCGAUGACCAAUGGUCUGAAAUUAUCUUCAAGCUAUCAAAUGAUUCGGAGAAUCUUAAAUUUGGCUUUUGCUGUAUGUUAACUGUGAUUGACUCUUACCUUUUCCCGGACCGCAAAUACUUUGGUAGCAUUUUGGGUAAACAAACGGUCAAGCAAAACGGAGCCAAUGUGACCUAUUUGACGAUUAAAGUGCUAGAAUUUGUCCCAUUUGUUGGCGAUGAACUAGCAAUUACUAAUCUUUUCCGAAUUCAUCAUAUUUAUACAGCAGCUGAGUGUCUCUUUAAAUUGGAAUCUUCUGAAUAUGUUCAACAUUACACUUCACCUAAUUUGGCCUCAGGACCUUCCGGUGCAAACUUAAGGUUUGAUGAAAAGAACCUGGACUUGACUCCCUUUGAUUGUGACGCUAUUCAUAAAGGUGUUGAUACUUUUAGCAUUUCAUCAAGUGAAACAUCACCAGUUUGUUGCCUCGAUUUUAGGGAAACAUCUAAAUCGCUCAAAGAUCUAACCGAUAUCGCCGUUCAAAUCUUGGACAUGAUGAAAUCGGUGCCAAUUGAUUCUCGAUGGAUCGGAAUGGACAUUCCAGCUUUGGUCAUCUGUAAUAAUGAGGAAAUAAUUUCCACUCUCCAUGAGAAGUUUAAAAAGGCCAAUUUUCCAAUAUACCGAUUGAAUCGAAAGGGAGAACCAACCAAUUUACGAGAUAAAAUUCCUAAAAUCGGCAAAGCGUUGGCCAAAGCUCUUUCGAAUAUCAAAUUAGUUGAAGAUGCUCGAGAAUACGGAGAAUUGUUCAAUAAAUGGGAAUUCGCUGAUGAAGGAAUUUUUUCCUCCGAAGAUCAAGAAACCAAAUUCAAUGAGAUAUUAGAAUUGGCAAAAGUUUUCGUUAUCCAAAAUUCUGCCGUCAUCUUAGGAAAUAUUUACGACAUUUGUAAUGAUACAAUUCUUAACAGUGCCUAUUGUAAAUUUCCCGUUUGUAUAAUUCUUGGAGCUUCAUCAAUCCCAGAAGUUUUCACUCUUCCCCUGAUGAAAUAUGGUUGUGAAAAAUUUGUUCUAAUCGAUCGAGAAUGUUCACCUUGGCCUGGUAAUAAAUCGAUGUUCACCCGACUUACUUCAAUUUACGAAGUUGAUCAUUCGGUGAUUAAAGGAGCCAAAUGUGCAGUUGUAACCUCCGUUAAAAAGAAAUUAAAAUUACCCGAUCCACCGAAAGUUAGUCGACACAAGUUAAUUGAAGAAAAUGCCAAAGAUUCAUCAACAAUACCAUCGUCAUCUCAUCCUGGUCCAUUUAACGGUUACAAUCCCGAACAACGAAAAAAUCCCCGAAAUCGGCUUCCAUAUUGUCCUAGACCCGCUACCACCGAGGCCGAUAAUCAAUCAAAAACCAAUACAAAUCAAUCUAAUCCUAGUUAAUCAACAAAUACCCUUUUGUAAAUAUCCACUUAUUGAUCAGUACAAUCAACCAAUUAUCCUCGUUUUUUUAUUAUUAUCAUUACCCAGAUAAUUUAUUUCAGCUAAUGAAAAGUAAAUCCGAAUUGUCAUUAUUUUCAGAAAGCAAUUAACUGAAUGAAACCAGUGUGAAAAUUGUUAACCAUAAAAAAGUAAAAAAUGUAACAAUUAAUUUUAAUAAUUUGCUAACAUUAAAUUGUCUUAAAACGCCA